AUGUCAACAUACAAUUAUAUUUAUCAAAAUCCUCAUACUCCACAAGAAUAUCAAAGUUCAAUAAAUACAAUAAUAUCUUUAUUGGUUGAACCUGAACAACCAACUACUGUAAUGAAAACUUAUGCAAAUGAUAAAAAUUUAGCAAGUGAAGUUCAAGCUUAUGCAAAAUUAGCAGGUAGAGAUUGGACAUUCUAUGUUAAAAACUUAAGUAUUAUUAUUGGAAGAAAUACAGAUAAUGUUUUAAAUAAUAGUGGUAAUAAUAACAAUAAUCAAAUAUUAGAACCUGAUUCAAAUGUUGAUAUUGAUUUAGGUCCAGGUAAAGUUGUAUCAAGAAAACAUGCAACAAUAAUAUUUAAUACAGAAAAAGGUGGUUGGGAAUUACAUGUCCUUGGUAGAAAUGGUGCAAAAGUUAAUUUUGAAAGAGUUCAUACAGGUCAAGAUUAUCCACCUGUAAAAUUAUCAUCAGGUACUAUAUUAGAUAUUGGUGGAACUCAAAUGAUGUUUAUAUUACCAGAUACUGAACCAAUUAUAUCCGAUUCAACUUUUGAAGCAUUAAUACCAAGACUAUUAAGUGUUCUAGGUAACUCCGGACAAAGUAAUAAUCAAUUAUUAAAUGAAAUUAUUAGAAAUUCUAUAUAUGUUAGAACACAACAACAACAAUUACAAGAAGUACAACGUGAACAAAGAGCAACAAAUGCAAUGAAUCAAACACGAACUUUUAAAAUGUAUGGUAAUAGUUCAAACUUACCAUAUCCAAAUGGAACACAAUUUAUUCAUCAAAAUUUACCAACUCAUUCAAAUGGUAAUGGAUUUCCAAAUGGAUUAGAUAGUUCAUCAACAAAUUUGAUAAAUAAUGAUUUUAAAAAUCAUAGUAAAUCAUCAUCUUCUGCAUCAGGCUCAUCAACAUCAUCAAGAUUUCAUAAUUCUUUAUCAAUAAAUGGAUUUCCUCAUGCUAUUGAUUUUGCAUCAGAUUUAUCAAGAGAUGAAAAUAAAACAGUUAAACCACCACAUUCUUAUGCAACAAUGAUUACUCAAGCAAUUUUAUCAAGUAAAGAAGGUAUUAUUUCAUUAGCUGAUAUUUAUAAAUUUAUUGCAUCAAAUUACGCAUAUUAUAGAUUUGCUAAAACUGGAUGGCAAAAUUCAAUUAGACAUAAUUUAUCCUUAAAUAAAGCAUUUGAAAAAGUACCAAGACGUCCAAAUGAACCUGGUAAAGGUAUGAAAUGGAGAAUUAGUGAGGCUUUUCAAAAAGAUUUUAUAGAGAAAUGGAAUAGUGGUAAUUUAUCAAAGAUUAAACGUGGUUCAUCCGUUAUUAGACAGUUACAAUUACAUAUGUCAAAAUAUAACAGUUUACCAAUUCAAAGAUAUCCAGAACAAAACUCUAAUAACUAUCAACCAGAAGAGACUAAUAAUGAUAUUAUGAAGAAAAAUAAAUCUAUCACACAAUCUAAUAACAGUAAUAAUAAGACUAAUAAUGUUGAUUUCCAAUUACCGAAUUUACCAAAAAAUUCUAAUCAAUCACAAAUUCCACCACCACAGAUGAUAAAUACUACUGAUAACAAUGGUAUGGAUAAUUUACCAAUCAUAGGAGAUAAAAUUAAAAUUAAUCAACAAAAUUCUAAAAAUUUACCUAUUCAAGGGAUGAAUUAUCAAAAUGUUUUCCAAAACGAAAGUAACAAGGAUAAUUUUAAUAACGACAUAAAAUCUCACUUAGAAAGCUCAAAUAGAGGAUUAAACAGAUCAAACAACCAAAAUAAUAAUAUACAUUUCAAUCCUAGUAACAAUGCCUUAGUGUCAUUUAAUAACGCAUCUUAUGGUUCUUCAUCUAGCGGACCAUCAUCGACGAAUAACUCAAAUACAACAGCUACAACAGUAUCGUCUUUAAAUAGUAUGGAUGUUAAAAAAGAAACUAAAAUUGAUAAUAUGGAUAAUAAUGAAAUUAUUUUACCUAACAUACGAGCAUCUCUUUAUCAAAACACAAUGUUGCCAGCUAAUCAGAUUAACCUUUCAAAUUCUACGGCACCUGCAUUGAAUACUAAUGGCUCAAAUACAUAUGAUUCUAUAUUGAGAUCUCCUUCCAAAUCAUUUCAUAUUACUGCAAUGGAAGCUUACACGCCCGAGAGAGGUAGCACGAUACAGAGUAACAAGUCGCCAAAACAAGAAACUGCGAGCAAUCCCAACGUAAAACCAGAUAUGGAUACGCUUAGCAUUAAGAAUUUGAAUCCAAGAUUUACACCAUCUACAGCCAAGUCUCAAGGUCAUGUAAAAAGUUCCCCAGGUGUUUUGAAUUUAUUACAAUUUAGCUCCGUUAAUAAUACACCAAAACUUGAUACAUUGAAUGGUAACGGCACCGGAGAGAGAAAUAGAAUGGGUAACCCUACAGAUAAUGAUAACGAUUCUGCCAAAGAGUUAGUAUCCUCUCCAAUAAAGAGACCGGAUAUGUCAACGGACGCGAAAGGUUCAAAUAUUAACAAGGAUUUAAUUUUAGAUACUGAAAAUGCUAAAGUAACCAUUGUUAACGAAUAA